UUCAUAUUUACUCUCCGUUCACUUUUCCCAAACUGGAAGACACACCGACAAAUCGUCUCCCGACCCCGUUAACGCCCGAUCCAACGCAUCUUUGUCUCCAGCAACCCCUUCGCACAUGCUAUGCGUGUUAACACAUGCGAAAAGCUUCCUGUUUCAGAUUCCCACCUGAAACAAAAAACGAGAGAGUUUUACACAACUAUAAACCAAAACCAAAUGACCUCAUUCGCAUCAACACCUCCCCUUUCAAUUCUUCGAGGGUUUCACAUAUCGUCUAUUCCACUUGAUCUUCUUGUCAUAUAUUGGAUCGAUAAGUAAUAGCAAUUCGAAACUCGUGGUUGUGGAGGUCUGUAGUAGAAGGCGGUGAUGGAAUCGAUACUGGCAAGGGCGUUGGAGUACACCCUCAAGUACUGGCUCAAGUCCUUCUCCAGAGAUCAGUUCAAGCUUCAGGGACGUGCCGCACAGCUUUCCAAUCUAGACCUCAAUGGAGAUGCUCUUCAUGCUAGCAUGGGAUUGCCGCCGGCACUUGAUGUGACCACAGCUAAAGUUGGCAAAUUGGAGAUAAUUCUUCCAUAUGUGAGUAAUGUUCAAAUAGAGCCGAUUGUGGUGCAAAUUGAUAGACUCGACUUGGUUCUGGAAGAGAAUCAAGAUGUGGAUGCAUGUAGAAAUGCUAGCAGUACCCAGCCAUCCUCAAGUUCUGGGAAGGGUAGUGGCUAUGGAUUCGCUGAUAAGAUUGCAGAUGGAAUGACUGUUCAAGUUAGCACUCUUAAUCUUCUACUUGAAACUCGUGGGGGUUCUUCUCGUGAAGGAGGGGCAGCUUGGGCAUCACCUCUAGCAUCCAUCACUAUGCGCAAUCUUUCACUGUAUACAACAAACGAAAACUGGCAAGUUGUGAAUCUCAAGGAAGCUCGUGAUUUCUCCACUAACACAAAAUAUAUAUAUGUUUUCAAGAAACUUGAAUGGGAAUCUUUAUCUGUUGAUCUUCUGCCUCAUCCUGAUAUGUUUGCCGAUGCUAAUUUAGCAUGCUCUCAAAAAGGGGCAAAUCAAAGAGAUGAUGAUGGUGCAAAGCGAGUUUUCUUUGGUGGUGAACGUUUUCUGGAAGGAAUAUCUGGACAGGCUCAUAUCACAGUGCAGAGGACUGAGCUUAACAGUCCAAUUGGUCUUGAGGUUCAACUACAUAUUACAGAAGCUGUUUGUCCUGCAUUGAGUGAACCAGGAUUGCGUGCUCUUCUCCGCUUCUUGACUGGAUUAUAUGUAUGUCUUAAUAGAGGAGAUGCCGAUCUACAGGCUCAGCAGCGAUCAACUGAAGCAGCAGGACGUUCUCUGGUGUCUAUUGUUGUGGACCACAUAUUUCUCUGCAUAAAAGAUGCUGAGUUCCAGCUUGAAUUAUUGAUGCAAUCGCUCUUGUUUUCUCGGGCGAGUCUCUCUGACGGAGAAAAUUCCGACAACUUGACCAAGGUUAUGAUUGGUGGACUAUUUCUAAGGGAUACUUUUUCACGCCCUCCAUGCACUCUGAUUCAACCAUCAAUCGAGGCUACCAUAGUACAACUUUUGCACAUUCCUGACUUUGCUAAUGAUUUUUUGCCACCUAUAUAUCCACUGGGAGACCAGCAGUGGCAGUCAAAUGAGGUUACCCCCUUGGUAUGCCUCCAUUCUCUUCAGGUUAAGCCGUCCCCAGUGCCGCCAUCUUUUGCUUCACAGACAGUUAUCACAUGUCAACCUCUUUUGAUAAAUCUUCAGGAGGAAUCCUGUUUGAGGAUAUCUUCAUUUAUAGCUGAUGGCAUUGUUGUUAAUCCUGGUGCCAUUUUGCCGGAUUUUUCAGUGAAUUCCAUUAUGGUCACUCUGAAAGGGUUGGAUGUUACGGUUUCUCUGGACACGGCCAAGUCAGACACUCCUUUGAGUAUCGGGAAUUCUACUGUCUAUAACGCCUUCGCUGGUGCGAGACUGCAUAUCAAGAAUUUGUUCUUCUCAGAGUCACCUUCACUAAAACUCAGGCUACUGAACCUGGAAAAGGAUCCUGCUUGCUUUUGUCUUUGGGAAAAUCAACCUAUUGAUGCUAGCCAGAAAAAAUGGACAGCUGGAGCAGCAGAACUUAGUUUGUCUUUGGAAUUAUGGGCCAGCUUAACUGAACGCCAGAGUUCUAAUGUGGGGGCAUCAGGAUUAUGGAGGUGUGUUGAGAUUAAAGAUGCUUCUAUUGAGGUAGCUAUGGUAUCUGCUGAUGGGAGCCCAUUAAUACAGAUUCCUCCUCCAGGGGGUGUUGUCAGAGUUGGGGUUGCUUGUCAACAGUUUCUUUCCAACACCUCAGUUGAGCAGCUAUUUUUUGUCCUGGAUUUUUAUGUGUACUUUGGUAGAGUAAGUGAAAAGAUUGCCUUAGCUGGAAAGAGCAAUAGACCAACAAAGCGUAGACAAGAUGAAUUUGUGGGUGGUAGGCUGUUGGAGAAGGUUCCUUGUGAUACUGCAGCAAGCUUAGCGGUGAAGGACCUUCAGCUUAGGUUUCUAGAAUCUUCCUGUGUAAAUCUCCAGGGUUUGCCUUUAGCUCAAUUUAUUGGAGAAGACCUGUUCAUUAAAGUUACUCACAGAACUCUUGGUGGGGCGAUUGCUAUUUCCUCAACUUUACGCUGGGAGAGUGUUGAAUUGGACUGUGUAGACGCCGAGGGAAACUUGUUGGAGGGGAAUGCUACUCCGUUUACUUUUCUUGAAAAUCCUUUGGUAAUUGCAAAUGGACACCCUCAGCUAAGAUCAGUCUUUUGGGUGGACAACAGAAGGAAGCUUCCAUUUCUGGAUAUAAGUGUGGUACAGGUGAUUCCAUUUGAUGAACAGGACAGGGAGUGCCACAGUUUAAAUGUGUCUGCUUGUGUCUCUGGUGUUCGCCUCGGUGGAGGAAUGAACUACGCUGAAGCGCUGCUUCAUCGAUUUGGAAUCCUUGGGCCUGAUGGUGGUCCUGGGGAGGGGCUCUCUAAAGGGUUAAAGAAUUUAUCGGCCGGGCCACUAUCAAAACUUUUCAAAGCAUCGCCUCUCAUGGUUGAUGAUUUACGCCAGGAUGGAAGUUCAGGAAAUGCGGAAGAUGAUGGAUUUUUGCACUUGGGAAUGCCUGAGGAUGUUGAGAUAUCUGUUGAAUUAAAGGACUGGUUAUUUGCACUUGAAGGUGCACAGGAGGCAGCAGAAAGAUGGUGGUUUUACAACCAUGAAGAUGUGGGCAGAGAAGUGAGGUGCUGGCAGACUACUUUUGAGAGUCUGCUAGUGAAAGCCAAAAGUAGUUCAAAGCAUUUACAGAACGGCAGAGACAAAUCACAUGGAAGACAGAAAUAUCCUGUGGAAUUGGUCACGGUUGGUGUAGAAGGCUUGCAGACAUUGAAGCCCCAAAGGAAAAACAGCGAUCUUCAUGCUGGCAUACCUGCAAAUGGGAUCAAAGAAAUUGUUGACGGAUCUGUAGGGAUAAACCUUGAAGUUCGCAUUGUGAUAUCAGAGGAAAGUGCUGAUGAUGAAAUGGCCAACUGGAUUGUUGAAAACAUGAAAUUCUCUGUCAAGCAACCGAUUGAGGCUGCUGUGACCAAAGAUGAGUUCCAGCACCUUGCUUUUAUGUGCAAGUCAGAAGUUGAUUCAAUGGGUCGGAUUGCUGCUGGAGUCCUGCGUCUGCUCAAGCUGGAAAAAUCUGUUGGCCAGUCAGCCAUUGAUCAACUCAGCAACCUCGGGGGUGGGGGCUUUGACAAAAUUUUCUCACCUAUGCUCAAUGGGGAUAGCAGUUCCGGCAGCAUCGGGAACUCGCCAUCAUCAUGUCUGAUUACUGGAAGCCCAGAUGCAGCACUGCAAUCAACAGUGACUUCACUUGAGGAAGCAAUCAAGGAUUCACAGGCCAAGUGUGAUGCUAUAGUGGCCAAAAUGGCUACUUCAGGAUCUUGUGCUGAGCAUCUUGCAAGUAUCCGAGAACUCGGACAAAAACUCGAAAGCAUGAAGAGUUUAUUGACUCAGUUUCAUACCCAAUUAUGAUUUUGUUACUCUCUUGAGUCUUAACUAUCAGUCACUGUACAAUAUUGGGAUAAAGGAUCCCAGUUUUAUAGUUGGCCAUUCUUUUCUGUAUAUAACACAGAUUGAAAUUGAGUGUGAGAGCUAGUGAGGAAUAGGAGAGAGCUUCUCACAUGUGUAAUCCAAAUUUUGUGUCUACAAGAGGUUUUAAACAGAAUGUUAUAGCUU